GAGAGAAACCUAGCCUGCCUUCCCGUUCCAGUUCCUCUUCGGCUCUUCCCAUGGACCAGGCGGCGGCGCUGAUGCCGAUGGCGAUGGUCAUGGCUAGGGAGCCACCGGCGGAGGAGCUCCUCGUAUUUUCCGUGGAAGACACGGCGCCCAGGCCCAACAGCUGCACCAUGCCCGCUUCCGCCGGUGGCGGUGGGGAGGAGCGACGGCCCGGACCAAGCGCCGCAGCACCAGAGAGGGUCCCGGCGGCCGCCGCUGCAGUAGCAGACACUAUGGAGCCGAGGGAGGGGACAGUGGAGCAAUUGACUCCAACACCUCAGUCAAUUUGUAAGCCUAAGGCAGUACAACAUCCAAAACAUAAGAGGAAGACCAUCGAUUUGAAAACUUUAUGGACUAGAGUUGGGAAGAAAUCAAAGGCAUGCAUUCAGGUUGAGAAACAAGUGCAUGAUGUAUCCCCUUCAGUUCAACAGCUACAGAUUGCUAGUGCCAUUAAUGUUGAACCUAAGAUUGUGAGCGAAGCAAGUGAAGAAUCUGAAAAUGUAGGGGAAGAGGAUGACAGUGAAGAUGGAAUUUAUGAUGUUCAAUUGCUUGAACCUGAUCCUGGGUUGAGGAUCCCUAUCGCUGAUUAUGAUGUUAAUGAUCAGGAUAGGAUUAGAAGAAGAUUCAUUGCAAGAGAUGGGUUUGAGUAGGCCGGGUGACACUCGUUGGGGAUCUCACCACAAAACUAUCAUGCAUAUUCUCCGCAUGUAUCCUUCAAUUCGGCUAGUUCUCAUCAAGAUAUCUAAAGACCAAACUCAAAGCAAUGAGUCUAUGCUUGCUGAAACCAUGUUGACAUAUUUUGAGUCAUUUGACUUUGUUUUCAUGGCACACUUGUUGCAAACCAUGUUUGGGCACACCAAUGACUUAAGUCAUGCUUUGCAAAAGAAAGAUCAAGACAUUGUUAAUGCCGUUGAACUCAUUCAUUUGACAAAGAUUCAAUUGCAGUUGUUGAGAGAUGAUGGUGGAUGGGAAACUUUUCUUGAAGAGGUUACUUCUUAUUGUGUCAAGCAUAAAGUCAGGGUUCCUCAAAUGGGUGGUCAGUACAAGCCUCCGGGAAGACCCUCAAGAUUCUACAAAAAUCUCACGAAUCUCCACCGCUUCCAUGUUCAGAUGUUUUUGGCUCUUAUUGAUAGGCAACUUCGAGAGCUUGGAGAUAGAUUUGAUGAGGUAAACACCGAAUUGCUUCAUUGCAUGGGAUCAUUCAGUCCGGUUAAUUCUUUUGCUGCUUAUGAUAAGGAAAACUUGGUUAAGCUUGCACAUCUUUAUCCUUUGGAUUUCACGGAGGAAGAUCUGAUGCAUAUUCCAUAUCAACUUACACACUUCAUUACUGAUAUGCGUAGAGAUGAGAGGUUUAGAAAGGUGAAAAAUAUAGUUGACCUUUCUAUUAUGCUUGUUGAGACAAACAAGAGUGUCACUUAUAACCUUGUUUACAAGCUUCUCAAAUUGGUCCUAAUCCUACCAGUAGCAACAGCUAGUGUUGAGAGAGUAUUCUCUUCCAUGAUUUACGUGAAAAACAAGCUACGCAAUAAAAUGGGGAAUCAACUCUUGAAUGACUGCCUGGUUACAUUUAUUGAGAGGGAAUUCUUCUUUGAAGUGAAGGAUGAUGUUGUCAUAUCUCGCUCUUUCAAGCCAUGACAAAGCGUAUGGUCGAGUUGUAAUUUUCUUAUUUAUUUUGUAAUUUCCUUAAUCAUUCGAGAUUUUUUUGCUAGUGAACAAUUUAUAUUUGAAUAUGUAUUGUUGUGAACCAAUUGGCUCCUUUAUUAGUGUGGAUUUUCUUUUUUGAACACCCAAUAUUAAAUUCCUGGA